AAAUGUUCUCAAUACCGCGUCACGAAAACGCUAAAAAAUAAACAGUAUUUCAGAUAUUUAUACUCAAAACUGGACGAAAUAGGCUUAUGAAAAUGGUGUCGCGAAGUCUGACAGAGGUUUUUGUCCUUAUGCGGAACAAUGCAAUACACAGUCGACAGAUAUUUACGGAACAUGGCACAGACUCCGAGCGCAUGCGUCUCAUGCGCUCCAGCAGCCACGACAUGGAGACUGGCAUGGAGACACGAGCGGAUUCCCACGCGCCGCCACCCUGGAUAGACGCCCUUGAAGAAGCGCACUAUAUUAUUACAAGAUUAAAAACCAAGCUCUCCGAGCUGCAGCAGCGCCAUGAGCGGCAGAUCAGGCGGCCGGCGCUCGACGACAGCACGGACCAGCAACACAUAGGCAGACUCACCGCCGAGAUCGGGCGGCACUUCACACAUGCGCACACGCACCUCACCGCUAUCAAGGCGCAGGUUCGGCAUGGUAACAAAACGGAACAGAAAUUAGCUAACAACGUGGUACUAGCAUUGGUAACAACACUACAAGACUUGAGCAUAACCUUUCGUAUGGCUCAAUCCAACUAUCUAAAGUCAUUAACGUCUAGAGAAGAAAGGUCAAACGCCUAUUUUGACUUGCCAAACUUCGAGGAACUAAGUCUUGACGACAACACAGAACUCCUCCCUGGCUUGACAAGCAAUCAGACCAACUUUUUAUUCUCCUUACCGAGCACUUCGGGCACUCAAAAAAACAAUUACCUCGAGGACGACCAGGCUAUGGAAGAGGCUAUGCACAAACAGACGACCCAGAAACAGUUACUCUUGUUACAAGAGGAGAAUACCAAAAUGGUGGCAGAGAGGGAAGAAGAAGUAAACAAGAUUGUGCGUUCAAUAAUGGAUUUGAACGAGAUCUUUAAGGAUUUAGGUCAAAUGGUGAAUGAACAAGGUACCGUGCUGGACAGAAUAGACUAUAACAUUGAACAAACCCAAGUACAAGUACACGAAGGCUACAAACAGUUACAAAAAGCUGAAAGAUACCAAAGAAAGAAUAGGAAGAUGCAUUGUAUAUUUAUUUUAGCAAUAAUGAUCAUUGUUAUGAUCAUACUACUAAUUAUUGUGAAGAGUUAGUUGCAGAUUUUGGUGUAGGCUUUCAAUGUAAAUGUCCUAAAGUGUACACAAAACUUCUCUCAGUUGGUGUGCCCAAGCAUCUCGCCUGUAUCGCGGAAAAGGUAGGCAGAGUUGUAUUAAUUAAUAUAGGUGCACUUCUUAAAUCAAAUCAAAAAUGUUUUUAUUAAUCUCAGAAAUAAUACAAAAAGAAAGAAGGCAUAUUUUUGAGGUACGGUACAAGUUUUACAAAAUGAACAGAGGUUCCCAAACUAGGCGGAGCCUGUAAUCAAAAUUCCAUGUAAAAGUUGAGUCUAUUGCCAAUACCUGGCCACACAGAAUGAUAACAAUGAAGGAUUUUCCAGGCUACGUUCACCAAAAACAAUAUAGAAGGCAUUGUACAGCUUUAACGAGAUAAUUAUCUAUUUUCUCAUUACUCGGGUAAAUAAUUAUUCCAAAAUACAAUGUAAUGGCAGAAGCAUAUUAUAUAAAAAUUGUUGUCGCUUGAUAUUUGGAUCACAUUAUGUGUGAAUGAAUAAUAAUGGAUGGAAGAUGUAAUUGUGCCUGGGUGUAAUAAAAAGGGUAAUCAUUUAUACCCAAAAACAAAGAUAAAAGAUGCGUAUGCCUGUUAUCCAUGAAAUUAGAAGGUGAAACGAAGGAUAAAUCUGUACAGCGCUAUUUAUAUUGUUUUAAAGACAUUUCUUCCAGCUGACCAACGUAACAAGGAGACAUGCAGAGUAGAUAUACUAUACCUACAUACAUACGCGUACAAAUUUCAUACCCAUGAGAGAGAGAGAGAGAAAACGUUUAUACGUUCCAUGAUCCAAAUAUUAAUUUAAACUCUUGAAGCAGUUUAGAACUCGAGCCGGGAUUCAAACCUGAGACACUACGAAGGGCUGCUGCACAUUAAAGGACAUUCAUAUUGUAAUUACCUAUAAAUAAAGUUAUGCCUUAUAUUAUGUAGAAGGAAUUUUACAAAAAAAGGCUUAGAGACGGUAUUUUUAAUCGUUCGUUUUCGAUUCGCAUGCGAAGAAUAAGUAUUGAAUAUACCCAUUUCACUUAGCUCAUCAGAACUUGUUAAUGGCAAGAUGGGACAGGUAUACAGGGUGUUAGUGACAAAGUAACGAAACCUUUGAGGGAUGAAUCAAACCUUUAUUCCGAGUAGUUAUCAAGUGGAAUAUUACGUCGCAAAAGAAUGGAACCGAAAUUUAUAUUAAAAAAAACACAUAAAUGUUCAUGAAUUUUCCGACAUGAAAUCCCACUUGAUAUCAACACAGAUUUAUGGUCUGAAUCAUCCCCCUCAGUAUUCGCUACGGUGUUACUAACACCCACACCUACAUUUAUGGCUACCUGUACGUACUUGUACGGGGUGUUAGUAUUAUCGUAACGAAUACUGAGGGGGAUGAUUCAGCUCGUUAUUGAGAAUUUUCCGUCGCAAAAGUAAAGAAUUGAAAAAAAAAACAUGAAUUUUGCGACAGAAAAUUCCACUUAAUAUUAACUCAGAAUCGUGGUCUAAAUCAUCCCCCUUAGUAUUCGUUAAGAUGUCACUUACACCCUGUAUUUACGAAAGUGAGUUGAUGGCGAGAAAUUCAAAAAUAACGCCUCAAAUCGUGCUUCCGUUUUUAAAAACAACUAUUUCAUUUCCUAAACUAAUAAAAUCACUAUCAUUCCAUUAAUUUCUACGAAUAUUUUAAUUGUAUUAAGUACGCUAAGACAUGUAUUUAUUGCUAAAUAUGAGCACGCUGAUCUAGUCUUUAUACCCUUAAUUUAUGUGCAACUGUUAUUAUUUCUAAGUAAGUAAUAAAGGUGCGCGUCCAUUAGAGCGGACGGGGUGUCGGGAUUUACGAAUUAUAGACGGGAGUCAGCUUAAAGGUGAACGCACACCUAGACUGUCCUAGACGCGCCGCAAGAGCCGCGAAACCCGAAGUCAUUGUGCGGCAAAAUGCGGGUCGUGUCGUGUGCGUACGAUUUAUAAAAUGCAAUGACUUUUUUUACACUCCAUUUUUUCUGACACUUUUUGGGGGGAGGUCAGGUAUACAUACAGUCAUGAGCAAUAUCAUGUACCCACUUUAGAACCCUGUCGCACUAUCAUAUUUGACAUGUAACGAGAAAAAGAUAAUGUGAGAUGGUAUCAAAGUGUAUACAUAUUAGUACUCGUAACCGUACAGCAGACUAACCUCUCACUGCCGUACAGUGAUAAGAAAAAAACAUCACACAAAUAACAAAACACGAACGAAUUGUUCAUGAAUCUACUUCGGCAGAGGGGACGCAUGCGCUUGGCAACUCCGGUGUAAUAUCUCUGAGCAUAGCAACGUCUGGCAUGCAUUUGUCGACCUAUAGCCUAUAGAUCUAAUACCCUAUUUUUGAUUUGAUUUGACUAUAGGAACACAAGAAAUCCUGACGCUCAAUAACCGCAUACCGCUCCGAAUAAUUAAUUGUAAAUAUUAUAAUGGACGCGCAGCUUAAGUGUUUCUUGUAUUUAAUUUAAAAAGUUAUAAUUCUGUGUCUUUAUCAUCUGUUUGAAAUGUAAAUAUAAUCAAUUGUUUGAAUUAUUUUUAAUACAUUGUGUUCACGGAUGUGCCGUUCGAGGGAAUUCCGAAAGUUUGAAUGUUCCUGUUGUAUAAACUCUUUAAUAGUAACGACACUGGCUGCUUUUUUCAAAUUGUUCUUAUAUACGGUCACGAGCAUUAAUAUGUAUACACUUUGACAAAUUGAACUGUAAGUCUCACUGAAUGUCAAAUAUGUUAGUGCGACAGAGUCCUAAAGUGGGUACAUUAUAUUGCUCAUGACUGUACUCUGAUCAUAGACAUAUAAGAGUAUGGAUUGGAAAUACCUACAAAAAAAACGUGCCACUUGGUCGCAUAAAAUGGCGGCCUUUACUACUCUGAUCCUAGCCUAAAGGCUAGGUAAUAAAACUUUUUUACAUAACUUUCGCGCCUUUUUGCUGCCGUGACGCCACAUCAACGAUUCAAGGGUGUUGGGACCCUCGCUAUAUACGUUUCGGCGACAAUAGAUGGCGUAAGUGUAGCCACACCAUUCGGUGACCGAUUUUUUUUUGUCAUAGAUAAAUAAAUCUAGCUCUAUGGCUUUUUGCCACUACUUGAAGGUCUGGAAAACCUUAAAAUAUUAAAAAAUAUCAUAAAUCCUAUUUUCUUCAAGUUUACUCUGGGUCUGAAGCUAUUGACAACUUCCUAUUUAAAUGUUCUUUUUAUUACCUAUUAUUAGAAAACAUAUUUUUUUUUUAAAGAAUUAUUUACGUUUAUUUGUAACUUAAAAUACAGAUACUUAGUAAACACUUUUGUAUGGGAAUGUAUAUUUAAUCAAUAAUUUACUGAAAAUACAUUAUUAUUUUACCUCUUGUGGCACAAAUAAAGUGAAGCCUCAGAAAUAAUGAUAAAUGAGAGAAAGACUAAUUUAUUUACGUUUUACACUGAAUCCGCUGCACGUAUGCCAUCUAGGUAACCCUGCACCCUUAAUAUUAACACUUUCAAGGCCAGAACGUCUAAUGACGUUCCGAUUCCAAGUUGUCAUACUCUCAUACUACCUAUUAUGAACCAUCAAUGACCCAUGAUUUCUAUCCGUAAAAGGGUUAAGGGCUAUCGUUACGGCAUUUUUUAAAAUAUGUCUAUACUCUUCUAAAAGGUGAAAGAUAAAAUGCUUGUUGUUAUUUAAACGCUGAGUGAUUGUAUAAUAAUAUGUGCCAAUGUUACCUGCAGUGGUAAAGAUAUACCUACCUAAUAUCGAUAAAACACCCCGACCCGAAUUAAGUUAAAAAUAUCGUGUCCUGGCCAAGAAUCGAACUCAGCAUAGGCGACACGGAUUCUUCGUCGCGAAUAAGAUAAUUUCCAGGCUAUGUUCCCCAAAAAUAAUAUAGAUGGCGCUGUCUAGAUUUAACGUGAAAAUUACCUAUUUUCUCAGUAUUAGGGCCUGCGCAGACGACAGACUAUCCGUGACGCACUUUUUAGUCUGAAAAUAUAACCUAUGCAAUUAUAUGCAGUAACGCGCCGGACUUUUUGCGCGUCGUGUGCGUUACUGCAUAUAAUUGCAUAGGUUAUAUUUUCACAGACUAAAAAGUGCGUCACGGAUAGUCUGUCGUCUGCGCAGGGCCUUAAGGGUACAUAGUGAGGAACUUAAUGCACCCUGGUGAUUAAAGGUUACUAAAAGUUUGUUUAAAAAAAAAAAAAAAAGAAAAAAAAAAAAAAGAAUUGUUACAAUAGGUCCAUAAUAAAGGCUAUAUCUAUCUAUCUAAAAGUUUGUUUAAUGCACCUAGGUGAAUUAAGUUUACGAAGGGAACUUUUCAGGCUACGUUCACGUAAAACAAUAUAGAUGGCGUUGUUCUGUUUAAACGUGAUAAUUAUCUAUUCUCUCAUUACUCAGGUACAUAAUUAUACAAAAAUAAAUGGCAGAAGCAUAUAUAUGUGAAAAUAAUUGUCGCUUGAUAUUUGGAUCACAAUUAUGUAUAGUAUUAUGUUUCUUCUAUGCUGUUCUGGGAGCAAAUAAAAAACAUAGAACACGUUCAGCUGCUUCUCUUCCCGGGCAUGUCGUAAAAACCGACAGAGGGAUUGUGUCCUCUAACAUGAUGGACUAAUGUUAUGGGCGAUAGGCUGAUCCCUUAUCACCAUAAGGUUCAUCAUAUCCAUCUUUGGACUUCGUAUCAACAGUGGCUGCAAGUUGUCUUUGAUUACUUGUGGCUCUGCCCACCCCAUUAGGGAUUACGGGCGUGAGUUUAUGUAUGUAUGUAUUAUGUUGCUAUCUAUAUUGCUUCUCUUUAUUUUGAUCGGAAUAAUAAUGGGUAGAAGAUGUAAUUGUCCCUGAAUGUAUAAAUGAUGAGGUCAUCAUUUAUACCCAAAAACAAAGAUAAAAGAUGCGUAUGCCUGUUAUCCAUGAAAUUAGAAAGUCAAACGAAGACAAAUAUUGUACAGCGCCAUCUACAGUUUUUUGGGGGAACGUAGUCCGGAAGUCCCUCAUUCUUCUAAAAAAAGCAAUAUUGCAAUUUGACAUGUGCGCAUAUAAAAGUAAGUGCGCAAUGCAAACAAAUGUCUAAUAGCAAUAUUGCUUUUUUAGAUGAAUCGCUUUGAUGUGGCCUUUUUAACCCCCCCGUUGCAAUGUAUUAUGUGUGUGUAAGUGUUAAAAAUAUGUACAGUGUAAAUAGAUCUACCAUAUAUAUCAUUGUUAAUUUAUAAAAAUUACAAAAUGAAAUUAUAACACAUUUCAAAAUA